AGUAAUGAGUGGAAGUGACGUUUUCCGCUGAUGCAUAUAAUUUGACAUCGGGUUUGCGGUCUACAUCGUGUAGUAACAGUAAAAACUGAAAAUCGGUUUUGCUGUCUCUUACGUGUAGUGUGUGUGUACUUGUACGUUUUUCCCUCAGAAAUGUCAGCAUCUCUAACGGCAGAACAAAAGAGACAAAUCGAAGAAAACCGGCAGCGAGCGCUGGCUAGGCGCGCUGAGAGACAUUUACUUAAAAUAGUUCAGCACUGUAAUCAACCAUUGAUCCCUACAACUGUACAAGCCCGGAAUCCUGAUCCCCCAAGUCAAAAUGUGAUGCGGACACAGAAAGCAUCCCUACGAAGUCCGGGAAAAACCCACUCUGGGUCCGGGUGUAAAAACGUGAACGUGACUGACCGUCCAUCGCAGGUUGGAGAAGGAGUUUUAAGCAGAGACGCCAAUUCCCAGACGACACAGAGCAGAGCCGAACCAGGUAGUAACGACGGGGCCGCGGAAGCUGGACCGGUCAGAACACCGGGACGUAACACCGGGUCCCUGGCUAGGGGGAAAUGUGUGCUGCACGAUGGCUAUCGCUUCAGGGUGGAGAUCGGCUACAGCCCCAAGCUCAUCGAGCUGUUUAAAAGCAUCCCAUCUAGAAAUUACGACCCAGAAACAAAAAUAUGGAACUUUGGUCUGGAAGAUUAUCAUCGGCUAAUGGAAGAUGUGAGAGACAUGGCCUCAGUCUCACUUCAGGCCCUGCAGAAGUCAGAGCAGCCAGCACGCCAGUUCACAGCUCGCAGUGCUUUACUAAAGGUGUGUCAGGGCUGGCAGAAGCCGGACUCUGCAGUGCAGGGUCACUGUUGUCUGCUGACACGCUCACGCUUCGAGGUAAAUCUGGCGUAUCAUGCUGAUGCCGUUGCUGUGUUCAAGCAGAUGCCAUCCAAGAAAUACGACAUGACGACUAGAAAGUGGAAUUUCCUUUUGGAGGACUUUAAAGUGCUAAUGGAGAUGAUGGUAUGGAUCCCCAGAGUGCAAGUAGGGCCCCUCCCCCAAGCAGUGAUCCAAGCCUUCAGUUCCCAGUUUGACAGGACCCGCAUUGAACCCAUGGCUCUACCAGAAGUGGAUCUGUCUGGUGUGGACUCCACCUUGAGAUGCAGCUUAAUGCCCUUCCAGAGGGAUGGAGUUAGCUUUGCAGUGUCCAGACAGGGCCGGCUGCUCCUGGCAGAUGACAUGGGCUUGGGGAAAACUGUGCAGGCGAUCUGCAUUGCAGCACUGUACAGGGAUGAGUGGCCCCUGAUGGUUGUGAGCCCCUCCUCUGUGUGCUUCACCUGGGCGGAGGCAUUUAAGCGAUGGCUACCUUCUCUGCAGUGGGACAGAAUCAAUGUAGUGUUGACAGGCAAGAACAGACUGUGGUCUGACCUGGUCAACAUCAUCAGCUACGACCUUCUUAGCAAAGUGAAAAAGCCAGAAGUUCCAACAUUCAAUGUGCUCAUCAUGGAUGAAUCACAUUAUCUGAAGAACAUGAAGACUGCACGUUGCAAGGCUGCCCUGCCAUUGCUCAAGGCUGCGCGCAGAGUCAUCUUGUUGUCGGGGACACCAGCUUUGUCCCGACCGGCUGAAUUGUAUACCCAGAUCCUGGCAGUAAGACCCAGCUUUUUUCCCCGCUUCCAUGAUUUUGGGCUUCGCUACUGUGAUGCCAGACAGAUGCCCUGGGGGUGGGAUUACUCUGGCUCCUCCAACCUGGGGGAGCUGAAGCUGUUACUUGAGGAAUCAGUCAUGAUCCGGCGUCUCAAGUCCGAAGUUCUCUCCCAGCUUCCGGCCAAGCAGCGUAAAGUGGUCACCGUGACAACCGACGGCAUCAGUGCCCAUAUCAAGGCUGCACUCAGCACUGCGGCAGAGGAGCUCUCCAAGAGUCAGCGUGGUAAACGUCAGGAAAAAGAAGCUCUUCUCAUUUACUACAGCCACACUGCGGAGGCUAAGACUCAAGCUGUCAUAGAGUACAUGAUGGACCUGCUGGAAUGUGGCCGGGAGAAGUUCCUGGUCUUUGCCCACCACAAGUUGAUGCUAGACAGCAUCACCAAAGAACUAGGAAAGAAGAAUAUCACCUAUAUACGUAUUGAUGGAGCCACACCAUCAGCUGAGCGCCAAGCACUGUGCCAUAGGUUCCAGUUCUCUGAAAAAAAGUGUGUGGCAGUGCUGUCCAUCACAGCAGCCAACAUGGGCAUCACGCUUCACUCAGCUAGCUUGGUGCUGUUUGCGGAGCUCUUUUGGAAUCCGGGGGUACUGAUUCAGGCAGAGGACAGAGUCCAUCGCAUUGGACAGACCAGCAGUGUGGAUGUUCACUAUCUGGUGGCCAAAGGCACAGCUGAUGACUAUCUCUGGCCAAUGAUCCAGGAGAAGAUGAAUGUGUUGAAAAAGGCAGGGCUUUCAGAAUCCAGCCUCUCUGAGAGUGCCAAAUUAACCAGCUUCCAGUCCAAGGACCCACAGAAGAGGACAAUUGUCGAGAUGUUUCAAAGGUCCUUCAGUGAAGAUCCAGACCCAGAUGAGGUUGCUCUUCUGGCAGCAGCCAGUGCAUGGGAAGACUGUGAUCCAGAAAAAAAUUCUGAUAAGUCAGAGAAUAUGGGAGAAAGCCCAUGCAAAAAACCAUGCAUUGAACAUUAAAAAAGUAUAUUUCAACCAAUAUUUUAUUUUGAAAUGUGUAAUAAAGGUAUUUUGUUUACUGGAA